AGUCAUUGCCUGCUCCAUCUGUACCAUCUCCAACAGCAGCAAUGAGGAUCCUGCUGUGCGUGUUUCUGUUUGGACUGGCUCUGGCCGAGGAGAAGCAGGUAGAGAAACGCGGAGUGGUUGGCUCCCUGGGUAGCUAUGGUGGAGGCGGAUAUAUCGACCACGGAAUCGGAGCCAGCAGCUACAGCAGCGGCGGCAGCAGCGGUGGUUAUGGGGGCGGCUAUGGGGGCGGCUUUGGUGGUGGUUAUGGAGGCGGCUAUGGAGGUGGCAUCAGCUCUGCAGUUGGAGGAGCUCAAGUGACCAACAUCGCCAUCACCAAGCAGGUCCCCGUGCCGUACCCAGUACCAGUGCAGCGUACUGUCCCAGUACCAGUCAGGGUUCCUGUCACGGUGCCAGUCAACAGGCCGGUACCAGUGCCCGUCCCACAGCCAUACCCUGUCCCCGUGCAGAGGCCAGUCCCAGUACCCGUGAGCAUCCCUAGCCCAGUCCCCGUACCAGUACCUCAGCCCGUCGUCGUCAACCAGCCGGUACCUGUCGUCGUGGGAGGCGGAGCUGGUGUCGGCGGAGGUCUCGGAGGCGGCUACGGCGGCGGCAUUGGUGGAGGCUACGGUGGAGGCUACGGAGGAGCCAUCGGAGGUCUCGGAGGCGGCUACGGCGGCGGCAUUGGUGGAGGCUACGGUGGAGGCUACGGAGGAGCCAUUGGAGGUGGCUACAGCGGUGGCUACGGCGGCGGCUACGGCGGCGGCAUUGGUGGAGGCUACGGUGGAGGCUACGGAGGAGCCAUCGGAGGUGGUUAUAGCGGUGGCUACACAGGUGGCUACAGUGGUGGCUACUCUGGAGGCAUUUCUGGAGGCUAUGGAGGCUACGGGAAAUACAGCCACUAACAUCAGCAGCUGACACCAACAUCUCAGACAAAACAUGCCACCAGAGAUUCAUUGUGUAGUUUUUACAGCCAUAUGUAGCUGCAGCAUGAAAUAAAAAGAAUGCAUGAGAUACACA